CAGUGCAUCAGAGGAGCCAAGGCUCCAUGACGUAAGAAGUGAAAGUCUUGUGUUUUGAGCGCAGAACCAGCUGACCUGACUUAGUCGGCCUCUGACGAUACCAGCAGAAUGUUUUUAACAUCUUGUUUUCUAAUCACCAUAUCAGGGGUUUUAUCCCGCCCGUUAGAUGAUCCCAUCCGAAUCGAUUUACCAGUUUACGAUCAGCCUGAAAUAGCGUCCAAUGCUUACACGUCACAACCUUUUGAGCCUGAAAAUCAUCCAGGAGAAAAUCUCAAAAGUCGUGAUUCAGCUCCGAAACAGCUUAUACCAAAUAUAAACCCAACCACAAAAAUAUAUUACGAUGGAGAUUCAUCGUUGCAAGACGAGAAUCAUAUAGUUGGGCUGUUUGGAGCACCAAAUAAAAAAAUAAACAGUGCCAUAUUAGAAACUGAGGGUUACGGUAGCAAAGUGUUGUCUGUGAAGGAAAAAGCUCAAAAUAUAGUUGCAAACCUGUUACAGCCUCAACCGAUAGUGGAUACAAUUCGAGAAGAAGAAAAAUAUGGCAACUCAGGGGACAAGUUUUAUAGCGCAGGUAGAGCAGUAGUGGGAGGUGCUGAGAAGUUCUCGAAUUUCGUUAAUUCUAUAUUGGAGAUUCCAGGCGCCAUUAUAAAGUCAAUAACAAGCAAAGCUAAUGAAAAAUUGAAUAAUUUAGGGAACAAAAUAGUGGGUUUGUAAAUAAAUAAUUUAGUUUAAAAAUUAAGUUAUAUAUAAGGACUUUUAUUUUAUAAACAAAAAUAUGUAUAAAUUAAAACAAACAAAAAUACGACAUUUAUUUUAUUAUUUACUUUA